UUCUGUGCCGUAGUUUCAAAAUGCACAUCUUAUGGAUUGCUGUGUUGUUUCUAACUAAAGACUAUUUUCAUGUUUCAGGAGAGUUCAUUUACUAUAAGACGAAAUAUCCUUACCACAUUGAUCGCAAGUCCUAUCCCAAACCAACAAAGCCGAUCAACUAUUGCAAGUCGCAGCUCUGCCCAGGGAAAGUACGUCACCUGACCUGUGAUUCGAAAUUUUGGGGUCCCAAGUGUGGGAAAAGCCACGAGGGCGUGAAACUCAAGAAAAGCAUGAAGAAAAUUAUUGAGCUACACAAUUGGGUACGCUCCCGAUUGAACCGGGGACUAGCUCAUGGUCUUCCUAGAGCGAACCGACUGCCUUUGUUCAACUGGGACGAUGAACUGGCGCUCAUGGCGAUGCGGGUAACCAAUCAAUGCAAUGAGGAAUCGGCGGAUGUCUGCGUGAACACAUUCCGCUUUCGCAAUGUGGCAGAGACCUCAGAUUUUGUGGAUCUCAGUCGGCAGCCAGCCAAGCACAUGUCCUUUUUUGUAACGAAUUGGUGGAACCAUUUAUCCAAAUUAUCGCCCAUACAUGUGAAUGCCUUUCCUGCCAAUGCCUCCCGAGAAAUGUGGAUGUUUGCCAACAUGGCGUACAUGAAGACCACCCUGGUAGGCUGUGGCAUGCUGAACAGCGGAUCCAAACGAUUCGUCACGUGCGUCUACAACAAUAAAGUUCGACCGGGAAAGCGCCUCUACAAUGUCAUACCACACUCAGUCGAACGAAAUUAGUAAAUAUGUAUCUAUAUCUAUGGCUAUUCUCCCUCUCCUCUAUUGACUGCACAUUUUUGCAUUGUUUUUGUUUUUAUCUCAGUGUAAUCUUUUUUCACACCUAAAUCAAUUUGCGGUUUCGCAAUAGGCUCUGAAGUUUCGGGGGAAAUAUGCUAAUUUUUGUACCUAAACAAAAGAUCCAAUAAAUCAAACAAAGAUUA